CCCGCCCGGCUCCCCCAGGCAAACCUGUCUCGGCCGGGCGGGGAGCGGAGCUUCCUCCUCAGAGUGUGGUGCGGCGUACACGGCUUUGUCCUUCGGCCUCUGCCUCCUCGGCGCCGGGGCGAGCGAGGGGGCGAGCGGAAGGUGCGCUGGAGCCGAGGCCCGCGAUGCGCCCGGGGGGACCAGCACAAGUCGCGGGGUCGCCGGCGUCGGACGGGUCGCUGUGCGGGGAGCUGCUGCAGGCCCCGCCGCCCCCGGCCUUGCAGCCGUCUCCGGCCGCGCCCUCGGGGCUGCCGCUCCCCGCUUCGUUCGGCGCGACCCUCAACCGCCUUCCGGAGCCGCUGCUGCGGAGACUCAGCGGGAGCCUGGACCGAGCGCCCGAGGGCCGGGGCUGGAGGAGGCUGGCCGAGGUGGCGGGGAGUCGGGGGCGCCUCCGGCUCAGUUGCCUGGACUUGGAGCAGUGUUCUCUUAAGGUCUUGGAGCCUGAAGGAAGUCCAAGCUUAUGUUUACUGAAGCUGUUGGGUGAGAAAGGUUGUACGGUCAUGGAACUGAGUGAUUUCCUGCAAACUAUGGAGCACACAGAGGUUCUUCUGCUACUUAGCCCCCCAGGCAUAAAGAUCACCGUCAACCCAGAGUCAAAGGCAGUCUUGGCUGGACAGUUUGUGAAACUGUGUUGCCGGGCAACUGGACAUCCCUUUGUACAAUAUCAAUGGUUUAAAAUGAAUAAAGAGAUCCCAAACGGAAAUGCAUCAGAACUUAUUUUUAACACAGUGCAUGUAAAAGAUGCAGGCUUUUAUGUCUGUCGAGUUAAUAAUAAUUUCACCUUUGAAUUCAGCCAGUGGUCACAGCUGGAUGUUUGUGAUGUCACUGAAGUAACAGAAAGCUUCCAGGGAAGUGUGGAUGGCAUCUCUGAACCCAAGUUGCAAAUCUGCGUUGAACCAAGGUCCCAAAAGCUGAUGCUUGGUAGCACGUUGGUCUUACAGUGUGUUGCUGUUGGAAGCCCUAUUCCUCACUACCAGUGGUUCAAAAAUGAAUCACCAUUAAUACAUGAGACAAAAAAGCUAUACAUGGUACCUUAUGUGGAUCUGGAACAUCAGGGAACCUACUGGUGUCAUGUAUACAAUGACCGAGACAGUCAGGAUAGCAAGAAGGUAGAAAUCAUCAUAGGAAGAACAGAUGAGGCAGUGGAGUGCACUGAAGAUGAAUUAAAUAAUCUUGGACAUCCUGACAAUAAAGAGCAAACAACUGAUCAGCCUUUGGCAAAGGACAAGGUUGCUCUUUUGAUAGGAAAUAUGAAUUACUGGGAGCACCCCAAGCUUAAAGCUCCUUUGGUGGAUGUGUAUGAAUUGACCAAUUUGUUAAGACAACUAGAUUUCAAAGUUGUUUCACUGUUGGAUCUUACUGAAUAUGAGAUGCGAAAUGCUGUGGAUGAAUUUUUACUACUUUUAGACAAAGGAGUGUAUGGUUUAUUAUAUUAUGCAGGGCAUGGUUAUGAAAACUUUGGCAACAGCUUUAUGGUCCCUGUUGAUGCUCCAAAUCCAUAUAGGUCUGAAAACUGUCUAUGUGUACAAAAUAUACUGAAAUUGAUGCAAGAAAAAGAAACUGGACUUAAUGUGUUCUUGUUGGACAUGUGUAGGAAAAGAAAUGACUAUGAUGACACCAUCCCAAUCUUGGAUGCGCUAAAAGUCACCGCCAAUAUUGUGUUUGGAUACGCCACGUGUCAAGGAGCAGAAGCUUUUGAAAUCCAGCAUUCUGGGUUGGCAAAUGGAAUUUUCAUGAAAUUUUUAAAAGAUAGAUUAUUAGAAGACAAGAAAAUUACUGUGUUACUGGAUGAAGUUGCAGAAGAUAUGGGUAAAUGUCACCUUACCAAAGGCAAACAGGCUCUAGAGAUUCGGAGUAGCUUGUCUGAAAAGAGAGCGCUUACUGACCCAAUUCAGGGAACAGCGUAUUCUGCGGAGUCUCUGGUACGGAAUCUGCAGUGGGCCAAAGCACAUGAACUCCCAGAAAGUAUGUGUCUUAAAUUCCAGUGCGGUGUUCAGAUUCAGCUGGGGUUUGCUGCCGAGUUCUCCAACGUCAUGGUAAUCUACACGAGCAUAGUCCACAAGCCGCCCGAUGUGCUGACGUGCGACGCCUACGUCACCGAUUUUCCUCUUGACUUAGAUAUUGAUCCAAAAGAUGCAAAUAAAGGGACGCCUGAAGAAACUGGCAGCUAUUUAGUAUCUAAGGAUCUUCCCAAGCAUUGCCUCUACACUAGGCUCAGUUCGCUGCAAAAAUUAAAGGAACAUCUGAUCUUCACAGUCUGCCUGUCAUAUCAGUACUCAGGAUUGGAAGAUACCGUAGAGGAGAAGCAGGAGGUGAAUGUUGGGAAACCCCUCAUUGCCAAACUGGACAUUCACCGAGGUUUGGGCAGGAAGACUUGCUUCCAAACUUGUAUUAUGUGUAAUGGCCCUUACCAGAGCUCAGCAUCCACCUCAGCGGGAGCUGGCCAUUACCACUCAACUCAAGACUCAUUCCACGGUGUUUACCAUUCGCACCUUGGUAACUCCAGUAACGUCUUGCCAUCAGAUGGCUGUCACUGCAGCCGGAUGGCAGAUGCAUUUAUUUCAAGUCACCACACCCACCAUUAUCCAUGCCAGUUUGGUAGGAGCAACGUGCCGGUGGAGACAACUGAUGACAUGCCAUUCAGUCUCUCUGAGGGGCUCCGGAUCUCUGAAAAGUGACCUUGUUUUUGGAAGUUAUUGUAAUUACUAGAAGCCUCGUAUGCAACAGCACUGACAUGAAGAGAGGCAUUAUGACAAAGCAAAUACGUAUUUGUACAGAGAGAAGUUUAGUAAUGGUAUUUCCUGGCAAACCCAGGACCUUGAGGUGUUGGAAUUAUAUUACCCACGGACCUCCUCUUUGUUCUCUUUUAAGAGUUGGUGAAUUGGUUGAUUUGUUCUGUAAGAAUGAAGGAUGGAUGUGUAUAUGUUUAUAGCAAAAAUAUUUUCAUUUUGA